AUGGAUUUUCCGACACCUCGUUCUCGUUUUGGGCGUAAACGUAUUAAACGUCGGCUAGUGUUUAUUUCAUCUCCCAGUUCAUCCGAAAAUGAAAAUAAUACCGUUCCUUUCGAAACAAGGAAUAAAAUUCCUAAAAAACGACCUCGCCGAGUCCUUCGUGAGCAUGAAUAUGAGGCGGCUCUACUAAGUAGUGACGGCGAUUUUAGUGCUUCAUCUUCUGACGAUUUUUUCCCCGAUUCAUCUGGAUCAUCAUCGGAUUCUGAAUAUUCGCGGACUAGUGACUUGGGUGUUGAGACAACUAAUCCGGAAGAACCUGAAAGUAACCCACAAGACUCACCUUGCCCAAAUCAAGGAUAUCAAGAGGCUCUUUCUGUUCAGCAAGAAAUUUCCGAUCUUGACCUGCCUCAGCCUGUUGAACAAGAAUUACUUUCUAUAUCACCCGAUGUAGAAUCACAGCCGCAACCAGUUCCCAGAAGAAAACAAUUAGAGAAGUCUACAAUUCCAUGGUCAGAAACAAAUGAGGGAAUGACAAGUUUUGACUUUAUUGGCAAUCCAGGUCUAAAAAUAAACAUGCUUGCCAACAACAACCCGAAACCAAUAGAAUUUUUGAAUAUUUUUCUGGAUGACGAAUAUUUGCAGUUUUUAGUAGAACAGACAAACAAACACGCUGCACACAUAUUUCAGAAACCUGGUGUAAGACAGAAGUCUAGAAUAACUGAAUGGAAAGAUACGACUAUUCCGGAAAUGAGAACGUUUAUAGGUCUUAUUCUGCACAUGGGAGUUAUUCGACUCAAUCGCAUUUCAGACUAUUGGAAGACUCAUAGGCUCUUCAACAUUUCAUGUUAUAGAAAAUAUAUGUCUCGUAAUCGCUUCUUGUUACUGUUUAGAUGUUUACAUUUUUCAAAUACAGAGGAAGGUGGCUUGAAUAAAGUGGAGGAAAUUAUCAAACGGUUCAAUGAAAAAAUGAAGGCCAUAAUAAGCGCUCAAAAAUGUUUGUCUUUGGAUGAAAGUAUGGUUCUGUGGAGGGGCCGACUUUUUUUCAAACAAUACAUAAAAAAUAAACGCCACAAAUAUGGCAUGAAGUUAUAUUUGCUGACGGAGCCUGAUGGUCUUGUUUUGAGAAUGCAUUUAUUUGGUGGAUCUAGCGAUAUCACAAGUGGAAAAGGACACACUGAAAAAAUAGUUAUGCAUUUACUGAAUGAUUUUCUUGACAAAGGACAUUCCGUGUUCAUGGACAAUUUCUAUAAUGGAUAUAAUCUGGCUUUGAAAUUACUGCAAAGAAAAACAUACUGCUCGGGUACUUUACGAAAAAAACGCGAGUUUAACCCUACCAUUGUAAGUACUAAGCUAAAGAAAGGAGAAAAUAAGUCCGUGUAUCAUCGUGGAGUUCAUAUUGGUUGUUUCAGAGACAAAAGGUAUAUUCCAUAUAUAAGUACGGAGUUUGAUAAUGAAAUGGUGGUCGUAGAAAGCAAGAGGGGCAAUAAAAAAAUGAAACCCAAGGUACUAGCCGAAUACAACAAAUACAUGUCAGGAAUUGAUAGACAAGAUCAGAUGUUAUCUUACUACCCCUGUGAAAGAAAAACCCUUCGGUGGUACAAGAAAUUGUUUGUACAUAUACUUCAAAUGCAAGUUCUCAAUGCGUAUAUAAUCUACAAUCGAUAUUCUGGAAAGAACUUGAAUAUGUAUGAUUUUCGCAUGGCUUUAUCCGAAGAAUUGCUGCCACCUGUUUGUGUAGAAACUGUGCAAACUAGUCGCCGGAAUGGCCACAAAUUGACAAAAAUUGAUGCUACAACUACAGAAAAUAAAUCUGAUGGACCUGGACUCGUUAGACUUACUACAAGAAUAAAACGAAAGGUUUGCCGAUACUGUUCAAUUUCCAAAAAAAUACGUAAACAAACAACUUUUCAUUGCACGCUUUGUGAUGGGCAGCCUGGAUUUUGCAAUCAAGAAUGCUUUGAUUCUUUUGAGGCACAUAAUGCUUAA